AUGUCCAAAGUCACAACGUGCAUUUUGGAGCAACCUGUGGACUUCUACAUACGAGAACAACAACAACAACAACAACAACAACCAACACAACAACAACAACAACAACAACAACAACAACAACAACCACAACAACAACAACAACAACAACAACAACAACAACAACAACAACAACAACAACAACAACACACAACAACAACAACAACACAACAACAACAACACAACAAGAACAACACAACAACAACAACAACAACAACACCACCACAACAACAACAACAACAACAACAACAACAACAACAACAACAACAGCAGCAGCAGCAGCAGCAGCAGCAGCAGCAGCAGCAGCAGCAGCAGCAGCAGCAGCAGCAGCAGCAGCAGCAGCAGCAGCAGCAGCAGCAGCAGCAGCAGCAGCAGCAGCAGCAGCAGCAGCAGCAGCAGCAGCAGCAGCAGCAGCAGCAGCAGCAGCAGCAGCAGCAGCAGCAGCAGCAGCAGCAGCAGCAGCAGCAGCAGCAGCACAGGCAGCAGCAGCAGCAGCAGCAGCAGCAGCAGCAGCAGCAGCAGCAGCAGCAGCAGCAGCAGCAGCAGCAGCAGCAGCAGCAGCAGCAG